AGUUAUGGAUUGACCGCUGGGGUGCAACUUGUUGCUGCCGGCGUGUCAAAUCUUCUUGGAUCAAAAUGAAGUGGUUGUUCUUUGCAAUUUUUCUUAUACCUCUGGUCUAUUGUGUUGACCUAGAGGUAGUCAGUGAUGAGGAUCUUGUACAUCUCAUCAAAGAUGAAUCCUUCCUUGUCACUUUGUUCACCAAGAAAGACUGUGAGCCCUGUGCAACUCAUGAGAGACUGACUACAAUACUCAGGGAAGAUUUCCAGCAAUCCCUGGACGCUGUUGUGGUUAAAGCUGUCAAUAGUCAGCUGACACGUCUGUAUAGUCCUGGGAAGGAGCCUGCAUUAGUUUUCUUCCGCCAUGGAGUUCCUCUGCUCUACGAUGGACCUCUCAAUGAAGAUUCCGUCCUCCAGCUGUUCCAGCAAAAUAAAGAUCCGUCCGUAAAGGAGCUCUCUGAUGAGACCUUUGAGCACUUGACCCAGGCUUCGAGUGGGGCUACAACUGGUGAUUGGUUUAUCAUGUUCUACUCCCCGGAAUGUGUGGACUGCCAGAGGUUAAAUGCUGUGUGGGAAGCCGUGGGAGCUAAUCUCAAGACACGCCUCAAUGUUGCUAGAGUCAACAAAGGCACUCUUGGAGCCAGUACAGCCCGCAGAUUUAAUGUCCAGAAAGUGCCAGAAUUUAUCUUUAUCCGCCAGGGAAAGUACUACAAGUAUGAGAUAAAGAAGUUCGAUGUGAAAUCUCUGGUGACCUUUGCCCAGGAAUGGUAUAAAAAUGCCACUCCUCAUAGCGUUCCUGUUCCUCAAUCUCCUUUUGACAAUCUUGUUGAUCUCGGGGUCAAAAUGGUCCAGAAGUCUGUGAAGUUUGCCGAAAAGGCCAUCGAGGAGUAUCCAUAUGUGGUUCUGUUUAUUACCGUGGGCUUUGGAUUGACAUUCCUCACAGCUCUGCUGGCGGUCUUCUUCAAGAAUAAGAAAUCCAAGGGUCAACAGAAGAAGAAGAAAGCUAAAUGAGUAAUUAGUCUCCUGAUCUUCCUGACUCUGCUCUUUAUUAUAAAACUCGUUCUGGGAGAUUCCAAUCCAAAGAUCAGGAGCAAUUGAAGCAAAUUGAGACAAAAGUCUCAGAAAAUAAAGUAAUUUUUAAUAAAAAAAAA